AGCGUUUAGGCGCCAUUUUCGACUGAGGAAGCCAUCAAGCAGCCAGACUUCAGACGAGAAAGCACUGGGACUUACUGAAUUUAACUUUUUAUUUCUCGGGACAGCCACGGAUUGUUUUAAAACAUUUCUUUAAAAUUGUGGAAAAAAAUCUGGACAACAUUUCAGCUAAAUUAUUUGCGAUCUGACGUUCAGGAAAAGGUCUAAAAUCAUGCCAUCCAGAACGGCGAAAAGCUCCACUGCCGCUCGGCAGAAGGGGAAGGGGGUGCAGUCCCGGGAUGACUCGGACGAGGAGUUGGACGUGCCCCCUGCAGAAAUCAACUUGAACGGCCAAGGAGGAACACCAACAAAUGAUGCCGCUGCGCUAGCGCCCGGCGAGGCGGCUGAUAACCGAAGUUUGGAAGAGAUUCUCGGUAGCAUCCCUCCACCCCCGCCCCCAGCGAUGACCAAUGAGCCGGGCGCUCCGCGCCUCAUGAUAACGCACAUCGUUAACCAGAACUUUAAAUCAUAUGCGGGCGAGCAGAUACUGGGGCCUUUUCACAAGCGCUUCUCCUGCAUCAUCGGUCCGAAUGGAAGCGGGAAGUCCAAUGUGAUAGACUCCAUGCUGUUUGUGUUUGGAUACAGAGCCCAAAAGAUCAGGUCCAAAAAGCUGUCGGUGCUCAUUCACAGUUCUGACCAGCACCAGGACAUCCAGUCCUGCACUGUGGAAGUCCAUUUUCAGAAAAUUAUUGACAAGGAAGGGGAUGAGUACGAGGUGGUCCCCGGCAGCAGGUUCUGUGUGUCGCGUACGGCUGGGAAGGACAACUCCUCAGCCUACCACAUCAGCGGCCGCAAGGCCACCUUCAGAGAGGUGGGGGCUCUGCUGCGGAGCCACGGCAUCGACCUGGACCACAACCGCUUCCUCAUCUUACAGGGGGAGGUGGAGCAGAUAGCCAUGAUGAAGCCCAGAGGGCAGAGUGAGCAUGAUGAAGGCAUGCUGGAGUACCUGGAGGACAUCAUCGGCUCCUGCCGCCUCAAGCAGCCCAUCCUCACCCUCUGCCACCGCGUGGAGCAGCUCAACGAGCAGCGCGGAGAGAAGCUGAACCGGGUGAAGAUGGUGGAGAAGGAGAAGGCAGCUCUGGAGGGGGAGAAGAACGUGGCUGUGGAGUUCCUCACUCUGGAGAACGAGAUCUUUCAGCACCGCAGCUACCUCUGCCAGUACUAUGUCCACGACCUGCAGAACAAGGUGACGGAGAAGGAGGCUGAGAAGGAGAGGAUCCAGGAAGACACCAAGGAGCUCACCGAGAAGAACGACAAACUGGCCGAACAGACCAAGGCCAAAACCCAGGACCUGAAGGACGUGGAGACACGGCUGGGGGAGCUGACGCAGCUCAUCGAGGGGCAGAAGGAGAAGUUCACCCAGCUGGACCUGCAGGACGUGGAGGUGCGUGAGAAGCUGAAGCACAACAGGACCAAGACCAAGAAGCUUCAGAAGCAGCUUCAGAAGGACCAGGAGAAGCUGGAGGAGCUGAGGGGCGUCCCGGCCAGCAGUGAGAAGGCCAUCGGUGAGGCCACGGCGCGGAGGGAGAGCCUGGAGGAGCAGCGCGGCCGCGAGGAGGAGGCCCUGCAGCGCGUCAUGGAGAGCCUGAAGGAGGAGACCUCCGGCCUGCAGCACGACAAGGAGACUAAAGAGAAGGAGCUCCUGGAGCUGAGUAAGUCGGUGAAUGAGACGCGCUCACAGAUGGACGUGGCCCAGUCAGAGCUGGACAUCUACCUGAGCCGGCACACCAUGGCGCUGUCGCAGCUGAAGAAGGCGCAGGAGACGCUGCAGAGCACCACGGCCACGCUGCGCGAGAGGAGGGCCGCCAUCGCUGAGCUGCAGACCAGCAUCCCCAGGGCCGAGAAGGAGCUCCGCCAGGACGAGCAGGAGCUGGAGCAGCUCUUGCAGGUGGACGCCCGGGCCCAGGGGCUGGUGAAGGACAUGCGCCAGAAGGUGGAGGAAGCCAAGAGCUCGCUGUCCUCCAACCGCAGCCGGGGGAAGGUUCUGGAUGCGCUGAUGCAGCAGAAGAGGAGCGGCAAGAUCCCUGGCAUCCUGGGAAGACUGGGGGACCUGGGGGCCAUCGAUGAGAAGUAUGACGUGGCCAUCUCCUCCAGCUGCGGCUCACUGGACAACAUCCUGGUGGACUCCAUCGACACGGCGCAGAAGUGCGUCAACUUCCUCAAGACCCAGAACAUCGGUGUGGCCACCUUCAUCGGUCUGGACAAGAUGAAGGUGUGGGAGCGCAGCAUGGGGCCGGUGCAGACGCCGGAGAACGCCCCGCGGCUGUUUGACAUGCUGCAGGUGAAGGAUGAGGCGUUCCGGCCGGCGUUCUACUUUGCGCUGCGGGACACGCUGGUGGCGCAGAGCCUGGAGCAGGCCACGCGCCUGGCCUUCCAGAGGGACAAGCGCUGGAGGGUGGUGACCCUGCAGGGCCAGAUCAUCGAACAGGCCGGAACGAUGACCGGAGGGGGCGGCCGCGUGAUGCGCGGCAGGAUGGGCGCCUCCCUGGGGUCAGAGGUCACACAGGAAGAGCUGGACAGCAUGGAGGGCCGUCUGCGGAACGAGGUCACGCAGCUGCAGAGCUGCCAGGAGCGCAAGCUGCAGCUGGAGGAGCGUCUGCAGCACCUCAACAACCAGCUGAGGAGCAUGAGGAACACCCUGCAGAAAUACACCGCCAGCAUGCAGAGCCUGUCGGAGCAGGAGAGCAGUCUGCAGUCCCAGAUGAAGGAGCUGGAGGCCGGGGUGGCGGCUGCUGCCCCUGAUAAGAGCCGGCAGAAGCAGAUGGAGAAGAGCCUGGAGGCCUACAGGAAGGAUUUCGAGGUGGCAGCGAGUCGGGCGGGGAAGGUGGAGGCGGAGGUGAAGCGGUUGCAUAGUCUGAUCGUGGAGAUCAACAGCCACAAACUGAAGGCCCAGCAAGACAAGCUGGACAAGAUCUCCCAGGAGCUGGACACCUGCUCAUCCACCAUCACCAAGGCCCAGGUGGCCAUCAAGACCGCUGACAGGAACCUGAAGAAGAGUGAGGAGGCGGUGUCGAGGCUGGAGGGGGAGAUCGAGCAGGGGAAGAAGGCCACAGAGGACCUGACUGCGCAGCUGGAGCAGCUGGAGGGCCAGGCUGCGGCCGUCAUGAUGGAGUGCAAGCAGACAGAGGACGCGCUGCCGGCGGUGCAGGAGGAGCAGCGGGGCCUGGCGCAGGAGCUCAAGGCCCUGCUGGAGCAGGAGCACGCGCUGCAGAAGGAUGCGCUCGGCGUGCGUCUCCGGGUGGAGCAGAUCGACGCCGCCAUCGCCGAGCACCACAACAAGAUCAAGCACUGGCACCGAGAGGCCGGUAAGAUCUCCCUGCACACCGUGGACGAGCAGCCGGCGGCCGCGCUGCCCGCGCUGAGCCCUGACGCCCUGCAGGCCGGCCCCGACCCCAGCACCAUCAACACCAAGAUCGCCCUGCUGGAGGCCCGCUGCGAGCAGAUGAAGCCCAACCUGGGGGCCAUCGCCGAGUACAGGAAGAAGGAGGCGCUGUACCUGCAGCGGGUGGAGGAGCUGGAUGACAUCACCACGCAGCGGGACGGCUUCAAGCGUGGCUGUGAGGACCUGCGGAAGCAGCGGCUGAACGAGUUCAUGGCGGGGUUCAACAUCAUCACCAACAAGCUGAAGGAGAACUACCAGAUGCUCACUCUGGGGGGCGACGCUGAGCUAGAGCUGGUGGACAGCCUCGACCCCUUCUCCGAGGGCAUCAUGUUCAGUGUGCGGCCUCCGAAGAAGAGCUGGAAGAAGAUCUUUAACCUGUCGGGCGGGGAGAAGACUCUCAGCUCGCUGGCCCUGGUGUUCGCUCUGCACCACUUCAAACCCACGCCGCUCUACUUCAUGGACGAGAUCGACGCUGCGCUCGACUUCAAGAAUGUGUCCAUCGUGGCUUUCUACAUAUACGAACAAACAAAGAACGCCCAGUUCAUCAUCAUCUCUCUGCGGAACAACAUGUUCGAGAUCGCCGACCGGCUCAUUGGCAUCUACAAAACCCACAACACCACCAAGAGCGUGGGCAUCAACCCCAAAGUCAUCGCCUCCCGAGAGCUGCAGGAGGCGGGCUCUGCCUGACGCACACGGCCGCUUUUAACCAAUCAGCAGCCUGGCUGACCUUUACCUGUACCUGUCCUGUCCUGUCCUGUCCU